GAGUUGUAUUUUGGUAUAAAAAGGGUGCCAAGUAUUGGUGUUUGAGGCAUUACAGCACUUCUUAAAAGAGUACUUAGUAAAUAUUUAUUGCCUUAAAAGUAGCUUAGCUUGUUUUCUUGCUCCAUGGAAACGGCGAAUGCCAAAGCUUCUUCCACCAUCAUGUCUUCAACUUUGUUUCUGCUUUUUGGGUUGCUAAUGGCUGUCUUCAAGACCACAGGAGCCGAAGUUGGCGUUUGCUACGGAAUGAUGGCUCAAAACUUGCCACCUAAAGCAGAAGUCGUAGCCCUUUAUCAGCAAAAAAGCAUCCAACGAAUGCGACUCUACGCUCCGGACAGAGAGGCUCUACAAGCCCUCAGUGACACCAACAUCAAGCUGCUGUUAGAUGUUCCAAAUCCCGACCUCCAACACGUUGCCGCCAGUCAAGCCAAUGCAGAUCAAUGGGUCCAAGACAACGUCAAGAAAUACACCACCGUUAAUUUCCGAUACAUUGCUGUCGGGAACGAAGUAAAGCCUUCGGAUUCGUUUGCUCAAUUUCUUUUCCCGGCGAUGCAGAACAUUCGUAACGCAGUAGUCGGACAAGGCCUCGGGGACCAGAUAAAAGUUUCCACCGCAACGUUUUUCGCUGCUCUUCAAGAAUCUUUCCCUCCGUCCGAUGGCGUUCUCCAUCCCGAAUACCAACAACUUCUUGGUCCGGUCAUUGGUUUCUUGAGGGACAAUCAAGCUCCAUUACUUGUUAACACUUACACAUACUUCAGCCACAAGGAUAAUCCUGAACAAGUUGGUCUUGACUAUGCUCUCUUUACGGCUCCAUCCGUGGUAGUGACCGAUGGUUCGCUUGAGUACCAGAACCUUUUCGAUGCGAUGCUCGAUGCCUUUUACUCUGCCUUGGAGAAGGCUGGCGGGGGAGCUUUGGAUAUCGUUGUUUCCGAAACCGGUUGGCCGUCGGACGGUGGACCGGCCACGAGUGUCGAUAAUGCAAGGACUUAUAACACGAACUUGGUUCGCCAUGUGAAUCAGGGACAAGGGACUCCGAAGAAACCCGGAAAGGCUAUAGAAGCUUACUUGUUUGCCAUGUUUGAUGAGAACGAAAAAGAACCGGCAUAUGAGAAACAUUGGGGGCUGUUUUUCCCAAACAAACAGGAAAAAUACUCGAUUAGUUUCAAUUAAACUAACCUAUAUAUAUAUAUACACACACCAUUUUCAUGUCCUCUACAUAUAGGUGUCAUGAAGAAGCCAAUAUAUAGGCCAAAUAUAUCUUCUU